GGCGCAUUAUGUGAGGGAGGUUGUUAUCGCGAGUGAUUAAUUCAUAUUUCAAGUAUUGCAUAAGUGUUCGGUGUUCCUUCAGAAAAUCGUUUAAUUUUCGUAUCCCGAGAGCAAUAAAACGUGCAUGCAAUAAAGAUGUAAAUUGAGAAAAGAACAAAAAGCGGGAACCAGGGAGAGAAGAAUAAACGGGACUGACAUUUGCGUUCAGCUCGAAUUACGCGCGACUCGAAAGGAAAGGUGGAUCGUAACGAAGACGAAUUAAAGGAACAAAAAGUGUUCCAAGGAAAAGAAAAUAAGAAGCUCAGGUACACACGAGAAGGAUAAAGCGAGAGGAGAAUGAACGAUUAGCGAGGUGACGAACGAGAGCAAAAGAGAAAAGAAAGGUUAGCCGUGGCGUACGCGCAGCACGAGCUGCGCACGAUACAACAUAAAGACAAAAACCCGCGCGUAUGAGAAGAAACAGGCUUAGUUAGCAGAAGAAAGUAAAGCGAUGGAGAGAAAAAGGGAAAUAAAAGGGGAAAAAAGAUUACGGAACCCGUGUAGGGAGAUAGAACGAGUCGGGUAACCUAAAUGAGAAGGACGGAUAAUAUCAAGAAAGAAGAGGGAAAGUAGGUGUUUUAUCGUGGCAUACGCGUUGCACGAGCUGCUCCUUGUGUAACAGACAAAGAUGGAAUGUCGAAUUGAAAGAAGUCGACAGAAUACAGGAUAGUGAAUGAAGAAAAGGACAGAAAUCGUCGAGAGACCGAAGAAGGAAGAAGGGAAAAUAGGUACUUGGUGGCGCACGCGCAGCACGAGCUGCGCACGGUACAGAGAAAAAGAUGCAGACACGAUAAAAGGAGGAUGGAGAGCACACGAAAAGGCAAAAAGCUGUCGGAGGAAGCAGCAUGAACGAUGAAGGAGAAAAAGACACGUGGCGGGAGCAAGGUAGAGAAGACCGCUCGUUUCCGGCGUACGCGCAGCACGAGCUGCGCACGGUAGCACUUGGCGCAUGCGCGGCACAUGCCUGGACUCGGAUCAGCGAAACGAGUGCGAGAGAAGCACGUAGCGUGGUUCGUGCUGAAGGAAGAAAGACACAGACGCCGACAUCGAGAAGCAACAAAGGAUGGAGAGCAUCGUAUGUGAAGGAGAAUGGUGAACCGCCACCAGUGCUGUUAAAGGGGGUAGCGUGACUCCGAUCACAGAAUGCUGACAGCUGCCGUUUACAGAAUUUAAAUAGAUGUUACAGAGUGUCCGGGAUGGACUUAAUCGCGUACAAUCAUCGCGAGAUCGCGAGCAUCUCGAGCAGCGUCGACGACGAGGACGACGAGGUGGAGAAAAUCCUUCCCUACAUCGACAUAGAUCGCCACCUCUUAACGAUCGAUCAAUUGGUAUCGGCCGGUGAGAAAAGAUGCAAGAUGCCGUUCAGGAGAAGCCUAUUCUCGAACGUGCCGCCGUACAUCAUCUUUCAGUCGUUCGAGAGCAAGGGACCAAUAAUGCCGUACGAAGUAACCAGACACCUGAAAUGGCGUCUGAGCACGAUCACACCAUUAAUUGUACGUCGUACCUUGGUCAACUCAGGUUAUCGGCUGAUGAAGAAGUGCCAGGAGUGGGGCGGGACUUGGGGCAAGUACAUGAAGUCGGUGUGCUUCAAGGAGCUGAAGGAAACACAGAAGAUCAAUCAUUUCCCGGGCGCCUUCCAGAUCGGCCGCAAGGACAAGCUGUGGCGUAACCUAAGCAGGAUGAUGUUGAAGCACGAGAUCAGAGAGUUCGAUUUCGUUCCGAUGACCUACGUGCUGCCGCAGGAUCUCUACUACUUUAAACAAGUUUGGAAGAAGUCGGGCCACAAAGAGAAGUGGAUCCUUAAGCCACCAGCCUCUGCCAGGGGCAGCGGGAUCAAGGUGGUGCACCGUUGGUCCCAGAUACCAAAGAAACGCGCCGUGGUCGUUCAAAGAUACCUGUCCAGACCCAGACUGAUCAGCGGCGCGAAGUUUGACCUUCGUCUCUACGUCUUGGUCACCAGUUUCAAUCCGUUGAAGGUGUACAUCUAUCCCGACGGUCUGGUCCGAUUCGCCUCGGUCAAGUACAACGACGAUAUCAACUACCUCAGCGACCGGUUCAUGCAUCUGACCAACUACAGCAUAAACAAGACUAAUUCCACCUACACCAGCAACGACUGCGUCGACUCCUGUUCGGGUCACAAGUGGUCGCUUAAGACACUCUGGUCCUAUCUCGAAAGGGAACACGUGAACGUGUCGAAUCUGUGGGCCUCGAUGAAGGACAUCGUUGUGAAAACCAUCAUAGCUGGCGAAUCGUCCAUCAGUAAUUUAACCACUGCCAACGUGAUGUCGAGAUACUGUUGCUACGAGCUCUUCGGGUUUGAUAUCCUUUUAGACGAGGAUCUGAAGCCUUGGCUACUGGAGGUGAACAUCUCGCCCUCGUUGCAGACCUCAUCGCCCUUGGACACCGCUAUCAAGGGACCGUUGAUCAGGAAUGUGUUCAAUAUAGCUAGCUUCCAACUGCCAAACACACUGUCCGCUGAGGACACUGAUAAGGUAGCCAAGAACUAUCAGUUGGACAGGGUGUGCCACGACUGCAGGCUGUACAGGACUGGUCUCAGUCUUCAGGAAUGGGACAAACAGUCGUCCUAUGUUAAUCUUAGGGAUAGGGAUGAGUAUCUGGAGGACAUCAUCGAGGAUCUCACUCCUGAUGAUGUUCGACAGUUAAUCAUUUAUGAAGACGAACUGACACAGCUUGAUAGGUUCGAGAAAAUCUUUCCUACGUCCAGUAGCCACAAGUACCUGCAGUACUUUGAUAUUCCAAGGUACUAUAAUAUGCUGUUCGAUGCGUGGGAGAUGAAGUACGGUGAUAAUAGGGAGAAAGGGAUAUCUAGGUUGCAGGAACUCUGUGAAAGCAAGUAUCAUUUGGAGCCUUAGGUCUGGUCUUCAGUUUCAGGACCUCUGUUCAGAGACCUAACGAUCAAAGUGUGAAGCCUCUUUUUUUUUUUUUUCUUUUGUAUACAAUUGUACACCCAACCCCGUCGUAUAUAAAGUAUUGUUAGGAACGUUCUGCUGCGUCAAGGUUGUGAAAAACGCAAUUUUAUUGUAUCGAAUCUUUUGGUUUAAUAAAUGAUUUUACAAUGAUCAUUACAGAGUCUACGUUUUGAUCAGUUUGCUAAAUGUUUUUGUCGAUCGAAAAAGAAAUUAUAGGUUUGUAGUAGAUUGGAAUCUUUGAUUUUUGCUAUGGAUAUUUAUUCAUUUAUUUCGUAAUUUCAUUUUCUUUUGCUAAAUUGUCGAUUUGUUCAUUUUGAGAAUCGUUCCUGACAAUUUGUGCGACAGUGAUCAUAUCGCGAAAUAAAAAUACGAUUAAAAGACAGAUUAGGAUGAUAGUGUUUAUUGAACCUUGUUGUUGCAAAGAUUUUAUAAACACUUUAGCGAGUUACUGUUUAAGGAAAUAGAUAUAUGAAACUAGUUGAUAAUUAUUGUUCCUGUAGGUUUGAAAUGAAAGUAAUAAUUAUUGUUACUAAUCAACUAAUCGUUGAGCGAAAUGCCUUAUGUACAACAUAAAUUGAUAAAUUUAAGGACUGGAGCUAAGGAUAAGAAAUGUAUCGUUUGGUUAUUUAUCAAAAACUGUAAUCCAAAAUGCAACAUCUCGUUUUGUUGCUAGUGUGUAACGUUUAUUAUAAAAAAAAUUUGCUAUAUAAAGCGAUUUUCUAAC